UUCGAGUCGGGCGGGCACUCCGGCAUUACGGUACGGUUGUGGUGUACAGAGUACAGACAGUUCUCGAUAGCACGCCGAACGGUUCGGAGCUCGCCACAGCGAGGCCGAUAUUCGAUACAAUAUAGUAAUAGUGAUUGUCAUUGUGCGACUAAUGCACCUUAUCUGUUCUGAUAUAAGUGCAAAUUAGUGUAUUUUACCUCUUUUCGGAUUACAUGUGGUUUACAUUUGGAUCAUUUAACUGCGGAGCGCUAUUAAGCGUUGUUUCUGAGUGGCCAUGGGCUCGCAUUUCCGUUCGAAGGGACCUCUGCGAUCCUGACAUAGAAGGAAUAAUUUCAGCUCAUUGGCAAGGAAAGCCACUUACCGUCGACACAGCGAGCCAGAGAUAGGCAUCUUCUAAAUUGAAAACGUUUCUUAGUGCACAUUGUACUGUGAUUAUUGUGAGACAUUGUGUUACGACAAACAAGUGCAAUACAUACUGUUAGUGCAAUCGUACCGUUGACUACAAGUGAAGUGAUUAGACUUGUUGUUACACUCGAGUGAAACUUUUUUAGGAACAAUGGAGCGUGAAUCGAAUCCAAUGGAGGCUUUGUGCCGCUCGGGCUGCGGGUUCUAUGGCAACCCAUCCACGGAUGGGCUCUGCUCAGUCUGUUUUAAGGAGGCACUGAAGAAGAAGCAGCAGCCACCAGCGACGACGCCGUCGCCGGUGUCUGCGCCGUUCGUGCCAGCCGCGCCGACGCCGUUGGCGGCCGCUGCGCCCACAGUACCGACUCUGCCAGCUCAGCAAACACAUACAGACAAAUUGGAGGAGGAAAGUGGAGCAGGCACCAGUGGUGCGAGUACCGGCACCUCAGACACGGACGCAGACGACAAGGACCCCAGCAAGGAUAAAAAGAAAAAGAACCGGUGCGCAGUAUGCCGCAAGAAGGUUGGACUCACAGGGUUCGAGUGCCGCUGCGGGGGGCUGUUCUGCGCGGUGCACCGGUACAGUGACAAGCACGAGUGCUCCUUCGACUACCGGGAGCUCGGCGCGCAGGAGAUCCGCCGCAACAACCCCGUCGUCGUCUCCCAGAAGAUACACAAGAUAUGAGCUCCCGCCCACUCCCCCCCACGCCCCUCCCGCACCGCAUUAUAUAUACCUUUUAUGAUUUACUCUAAAUAAAUAUUGGAUCGAGUUUGUGUUUCUUAUUUGCUUUUGUUGUUUUCAUUAUGACGAGCUACGAUUUAAACGUAUCUAGUUCACUUGACAAUUGCCGGAAGUCUAACAGUCUUCUUUGGGAUACAGAUAUAUUUUUGCGUAUCGUUGUUCUAGUGUUAUAAAAUCGGAAACGCAAACUCGAUCUCUUAUAUUUAGAUUUAUUUGUGACGAGUUUUCCUUUUAAAUUUUUAUUAAAAGUUGUAGAUAUGUUCGUUUUGGGUAGGAAUUUCAGAUUAAUUUUUGAGAUAAUAAGUAGAGUUUGAAUAUUGUCCAUUCACCUCCAUUGUAAAUAUUAGAUAUAAUUAAUUAUAGAAAGAUAUAUAUUGUAAAAAAUUAAAACUCCAAAAAAGGCUACAUUGUUAUUACUCUCGGACAGCAUGGCGUGCUUGACUCGUCGAGAUAACAAUUGUACGCUGAAGCUCAACGAGUGGCCGUGUUCGGGCGGCCGCCCCGCGCACCUGCGUCUUGUUUGCCAACAUGUACGUCGUACACAAGUUACGCUGCCCACUUGACUCGUGUUUUAAAAGGACAUUUAAUACGUGAUACAUGAUAUGCGUUAGUGGGACUGUGAACGGUGGCGUUACUGUGCUACAGAACUAUUUGUUCGCGAGUGCGGCCUGAGCAGCGAACGGUCGGCCGGUACCUGCGCGUAUGUGCACACGCUGGACUAUGGAUUAACAUCAUCUUCAAAUCGUUAGUUCUGUAAUUUUGGUUUGGGAAGUCGUCGCUUUCUUAUUUGUCUAACAUUCGGCAUAAGAGACCCUAGUGUUUAGAGAGAUUGUGGUGUGUAUCGGCAUAAGGUGAGCGUGCGGCCGGAGCGGGCGGGCCGUGUCCGCGGCCGUGCUCGUGUGCUCGCGCGCUUGCGUGCUCGUGUGCUCGUGUGCUCGUGUGCUCGUGUGCUCGUGUGCUCGUGUGCUCGCGUGCACAUGCGGUUCGCGAAAACGGCUCGUUCGCUCUCCCUCUCUCCGCUCUUUGUGUGAAAAUUUAAAGUAAGCAUAUGAA